AUUUUCAAAAUUGGAUACAUCUAGCGGCCACAAUAAAAAGUUAAAAAUCGAUGAUUUUGACAGGAAGCGGAAAUCAUUUGCUCAGAUACGUUUCUAAGGAAGUUGAAAUCCGAACCAUUCGAAGCCUUGGGUGAGCAYGUUUUUUCACACCUUUGUACAUUCCAGUCRUACGAUCAAAAUGGCAGACGCUGAAAYACUUCGUGAAGCUGCAUUUCUCGAGUUUUCGUCAGAAUUUACAAAUGUUGGGCUACACUGCCCCGAAAAACUUACAAGAAUGUUACGCAAGUACGUGUUGAGAACUGGAGAAUCGUCCGAACAAAUGCGAAGCCGAAUUUACCGUCGUAUUUGGGCCAUUUUGUGGUACGGAAACAAAGUAGGCAAGGGAAAAUGGUCAGGGUCCAAAGAUAAACCAACUUACGUUUUUCCCGAUUGCCUCAAGAAAGUUGUAAGGGCCGUCAUACCAGGAGAUAUUGUGGAUUCUCGCGACCCAACAGGAGUCAACGUAUACAGUGUAACCAUGGAAGACUUAUCCUCUGCCAAGUGGCCCUAAUUCUAUAUCAAUCAAAAUAAAAAUCAAGAAAUACCUUGCAUGUUAAUGUUUACCUUAUAGAUAUUUUCCUUAUGUGAAUCUAGAGACUUCAUAAGUGCACAUGAAAUCAUUU